AUGGUACUCUCAAGAUUUCGGAUGAGUGAUAUAUCGAAGGCCACAGAAAGGUUCUCUGAAAGAUUCCUCAUCGGGUUUCAUGAAUAUGGCAAGGUGUAUAAAGCAGAACUUGAUGAUUUUGAAAAUAAAAGUUCAUUGCCAUUUAAAGAGAAAAAUGACGGUAAAUGGCAAAAGAGACGCACCAGUGUAGCUAUAAAAUGCUUUUCUAGUAGCGUAGAUGUAAAGCAAAGGUUCUUUUCUGAAAUUGUAAUGCGCACUAGUUAUAAGCAUCCCAACAUAGUCUCUCUUCUAGGCUUUUGUGAUGAAGGUGAUGAGCUUAUCCUUGUUUAUGAACAUGCCUCUAACAAUAGCCUCCACAACUAUGUGAAAAAUGUUGAUAAGAUGGGUAAUCUUACAUGGAGGCAACGUCUACACAUGUGCCUCGGUAUUGCACAUGGACUCAAUCGCCUUCACACCAAGAUGGGUAGCCAACAAAGGACAAUCCAUGGAGACAUUAGAAGUGCCAACAUUUUGUUAGGAAAGAAUUUGGAGCCGAAGAUUGCUUACUUUGGGAUCUCAAAAUUUCACUUAGCAUAUCAAGAGGAAAGCAGUAGACAAGUUUAUUGGGAUCCCGAAUUUGAAAAAUCAUCAUUAAUAAAAAAAGAAUCAGACAUUUACUCCUUCGGGGUUACACUAUUUGAGAUCUUUUGUGGGACGUUGGCAAAUGAUCCCUAUUACACAAUUGCAGAUCCUAAAGGUCUUGUACCCUAUGCAUGGAGCCACUUCAAUAAUAAAAGCAUACAGAAAUUGAUAGAUCCUAAACUUUUUAAAAAAGCAAUUGAUGAUGACAUUUUGACUUCAAAUAUUAGAGGACCAAAUCUAGAUUCUGUAGACACAUUUUUGAAAAUUGCCUAUCAAUGUGUGAAAGAAACUCAAGCCAAGCGUCCGUCAAUGGAAACCCUCAUCAAGCAACUUGAGAUAGCAUUAGACUUUCAAGUAAGUCAAUAUUUCGGAAGUAUACCAUUCUCUCUUCUAUUCAGAUUCUAA